UAAAGGAAAAAUUAAAUAAAUGCUCCCGCAAACGACGCCGUUCCAUCACCCUUAAGACAUGACAUGAAACGUGAAAUCUGAAUCUCUCUUUUCGCUGUCCGAAUCCGACAGAUAGACAGAGGAGAGAGAGAGAGAGAGAGAGAGAGAGAGAGAGGCGCGAAACACAGAGAGAGAAAGAGGAGGAGAAGAAGGACGAUCCAAGAAGAGAGGAUGGAAGAUUCUUCGAACGCGAAAUCUAACAACCAAUGCCCACCGCCGCAGCAGCCGCUAGCCACCAACCCAUCUCCGACGCCGUUCAGAGGACCGUACCACCGGCGAGCUCACUCCGAGGUUCAAUUCCGUCUCCCCGAAGAUCUAGAUCUCUCGGAACCGUUCGGAGGGUUCGAGGAGCUUGGAUCCGAAGACGACAUCUUCUGCACGUACAUGGACAUCGAGAAACUCGGAUCCGGAUCCGAUUCGGCUCCGAGGUCCGAUAACCCGUUUUCCGGUGAGAAUGUAGGAGGAGGAGAGGAAGGUGGGAGUUCGAGUAGGACUAGGCACAGGCACAGCCUCUCCGUUGACGGUGGGUCUUCGAGUCUGGAGUCGAUCGAGGCUAAGAAAGCAAUGGCUCCUGAUAAACUCGCUGAGCUUUGGGUCGUUGAUCCCAAGAGAGCUAAAAGGAUAAUAGCUAAUCGACAGUCUGCUGCUCGUUCAAAAGAGAGGAAGGCUCGGUAUAUUAUGGAGCUCGAGAGGAAAGUUCAGACCUUGCAAACUGAAGCUACUACCCUCUCUGCACAACUCUCCUUGUUCCAGAGAGACACAACCGGUUUGUCAUCCGAGAAUACCGAGCUCAAGCUUCGUCUACAAGUCAUGGAACAACAAGCCAAGUUGCGAGAUGCACUAAACGACCAGCUGAAAAAGGAAGUCGAGAGGCUGAAAUUCGCAACGGGAGAAGCCUCACACACUGAUGCUUAUAACCUCGGGAUGGCGCACAUGCAGUACGCUCAACAUCAACCACAACAGCAAUCCUUCUUUCAACAACAACAUCAUCAUCAUCAGCAACAAACCGAUGCUCAAAACCUGCAACAGAUGACUCAUCAGUUUCAUCUCUUCCAGCCCAACAACAACAACAACAACAACCAAAACCCAAACGUUACUUCUGCAGCCACUCGCCAAAACCCUCAGCUUAUGCAUCAGGCUGGUUCUAAUCCCUCGGCUCAGUCUCAUUCCUUUGCAGAGGCAAUGCAUGAAGACCCUCUUGGACGGUUACAGGGGCUUGACAUUAGCAGCUGUGGACGAGGCUCAAGCUUUGGUAGGUCUGACGCAGUCAGUGAAAGCAGCAGCACCAUGUGAGGCUGCCUAAUGCAGACUCCAGCUUUGUCGAUAAAACCUAUUCUUUUGCUCUCCAUUGGAGUCUUUAGCUAUAAAUGGUAACAUCUUUGUGACCGUCUGAUUCAUUUUUUUUUAAUUCUGUAAAACAUUUUUUUUAUGUGUUGGGGUUUCAACAUAGAGACCACAGGUGUUUAAACUUUUUUUUUCAUUACAUCUUGUUCUUCCGUGGUAGCUAUCAAAGCCGAACCAGAUGUUUUUAUGUAUAUUUAUGUGUUCUUGCUUCUCCUAGUUCCUUCUUCAAUCAUCCCUGUAAACAAUGGUUGUAUUUGGAUUUGGCUUUGCCUUUGCCUUAAAACCAGACAAGAAUUGUUUUUC